UCUUUCCUUUUUUUUUUCUUUUCAUUGUUUCUCUUUCACGCAUGACCCAUCGUUGGGUUGGGUGAAUAAAAAGAGGGCAACAAAGCACGGCCAGAAAAUUACCAGUCCUCUUCUGGUAAACUGCGGUGCAAUGCGGGGGCAGGGACAGCGCCACAGAGGGCUGCCGCCGGAGCCAACGAGACGUCCAGCUCGGCGUGGCGCACGAAGCAGAGAGCAGGCGCCAUGGAAAUACGGGGCAAGUACUCCUGUUCUGAGCCGAGCUGGACAGUUCACUGCUCAACCUCAGCGGCCGCCACUGCCUUGUCAAUACUAUAUACGUAGUACAUACGCACAGGGAGACCCACCCAGUGGUCUGUGAGCUGCCUGAGACAGAGAGAGAGAGAGAGAGUCUCUGUUCACUCCUCGCUGGCUCGCUCGCCAUCAUUCAGCUCUUCCCCAACCUUUUCCUUCUCCCCGCCAUAGAUAGGAGCUCGCUUUGGUGCUGUUGCUGCUUUUCCUCUUUGUUAAAAAAGGCUGCUCACUCCGUCGUCUCCUGUCAUCCCCCUUUCUCUCCUCUCGUUGCACUGGCUUGGUUUGGUUUGGUUUGGUUUGGCUGCGCUGCGAAGGUCAAAUAGCCGUCCAUCCAUACCAUACGGCAUACGCCUCUCUCCCUUUCUCUUCCCUCUUUUCUUUAACCUCCCUUUCUUGAUUUUCCAAGCUGCUCGCAUGGCCAUGGCCUCCGCGGCGGCGCCUCCUCCUCCUCCUCCUGCCAGCCACCAGACCGGGCAAAAGCGCCGCCAAAUCUGCCUCUGACCUCUCCACCAAAUACCCAACCAGCACCCGACAACCCGCCACCUUCUCUCUCUCUCUCUCUCUCUCUCUCUCUCUCUCUCUCUCUCUCUCUCUCUCUCUCUCUCUCUCUCUCUCUCUCUCUCUCUCUCUCUCUCUCUCUCUCUCUCUCUUCUCACAAACACAAGAAGCUUGCUCAGCUUAGUCAGCUCAGCGCCUCAGCCUCGUCUUAAAGCUAGCACCAGUAGGCGACGCUGGGUGGGAGCCGAGCUGCGAGCCUGCGACUGCGAGGGCAUAAUGGAGAGCAGAUGGCGGAGGGCCAAGAUGUCGCUGGGGCUCAACCUCUGCGUCUACGUGCCCCGGACGCUGGAAGGCGACGACGCCGCCUCGCCCAGCACCGCCUCCUCCACGGCGGCGCUCGUGUCGCCGGUGGCCUCCUCCUCGUCCGCCGCGACGAGCACCGACACCACCCCCACGGCUGCCGCGAGCAACGGCAAGGCCAACGGCGCCGCCGCCGCCGCCGCCGCGCUCAUGCCCACCACCCCGACGCCGACGUCCGCCGGGCUCCGCCUCUCCAAAUCCGGCAGCAAAUCCUUCAAGCACAGGGACUCUGCGGAUUCCUGAGAGCCCACCACCGCCCCGCUUUGGGGGCGCCGGCGCCCUGAUGACAGAAUUGCAAAAAGCAAAGUGUUCUGAUCAUGGGCCCGUCGCGGACCUGCAAUCCUGAUCAAAUUGCAACGUCAGGCUGCAGCUACUUGUUGUUAAAACAUGUGCUAUAUGCUUGACCACAAUGAAGCCUGGUCAGGGCCACGCUCUCUUCACAGCAGAGUGCUCGCACACCUUCCACUUCCACUGUAUUUCAGCAAACGUUAAGCACGGGAGCAGCAGCUGCCCGGUAUGCCGUAUCAAAUGGAAGGAGCUCCCGUUCCGAGGUCCCUUGCCUGCUGAAUUGCCCCAAGGAAAUGCGAGGAUCAAUCCAGUUCAUGGGUACCAGAAUGGGGGCCAUAUGACCAUACCGCGGCCACUUCCACUUCCUCGCGCACGCUCUUUUGGCCGGCUUCAUCAUCUGGCCACGCUGCUGCCUGACGCUGACCCUGGCACUUUCAACGACGACGAACCCUUGGAUUUGUCGUGCGAAGAGGCUAACGGCACUCAGCAGGGCUGUUUGAGAACGGUAGAGAUAAAAGCAUAUCCAGAGUUCACCCAAGUGCCUGAAAAUACAUCAGAAAGAAACUUCACUGUUCUAGUUCACCUCAAGGCACCGCCUGCUCAGCACCUUCUGCAGUCAUCCAGCGAUCUCGGCGACGGCAACGGAGUAAGCACGACUCGUGCCCCUGUUGAUCUCAUCACGGUUCUUGAUGUCAGUGGAAGUAUGGCUGGUACCAAGCUCGCGUUGUUGAAGAGGGCUAUGGGGUUUGUCAUCCAGAACCUUGGGUCCUCUGACCGGCUCUCCGUCAUCGCCUUCUCGUCGUCCGCACGCAGGCUCUUCCCGCUCCGUAGGAUGACCGAGUCUGGCCGGCAGCAGAGCUUGCUGGCUGUUAACUCACUGACGGCAAACGGAGGGACCAAUAUCGCAGAGGGCCUCAGGAAGGGCUCCAAGGUGAUCGAAGAGCGUCAGUCGAAGAAUCCAGUGUGCAGCAUCAUCCUUCUAUCAGAUGGCCAGGACACUUACACGGUCUCGCCGACCGCUGGUGUACACAAAGGAGCGACAGAGUAUUGCGCGCUCUUGCCAUCCACGACCACGAAUGGCAGCCAGCAGGUGCCCGUUCACGUCUUCGGAUUCGGCGCCGACCAUGACUCGGUCUCGCUGCACUCCAUCUCGCAGACUUCUGGCGGGACCUUCUCGUUCAUCGAGACAGAGGCCACCAUCCAAGACGCGUUCGCGCAGUGCAUUGGCGGGCUUCUGAGCGUGGUCGCGCAGGGUCUGCAUGUGAAGGUCGAGAGCCUCCACCCUGACGUGCACUUCGGCUCCAUCAGGUCAGGCAGCUACUCUAGCAGAGUCUCGGAUGACAGCAGGAAUGGCUCCGUGGACGUUGGGGACCUGUACGCUGAGGAGGAGCGGGAUUUUCUCGUGUCUGUGAACGUUCCGCCAGGCUGUGGCGAGACGGCGCUCCUCAAGGUUGGCUGCGUCUACAAGGACCCGCUGAUGAAGGAGACGGUGAACAUGUCCGGCGUGCAGGUGAAGAUCUCCAGGCCAGCGUUCGUCUCGGCGCAGAGCGUGUCGGUCGAGGUGGACCGCCAGAAGAACCGUCUCCACGCCGCCGAGGUGAUGGCCGAGGCGAGGUUGUCCGCGGAGCGCGGUGACCUGGCCAACGCGGUCUCGCUGCUCGAGGACUGCCGGAGGAUGAUCACGGGGUCGGCGUCGGGACAGUCCGGUGACCGUCUGUGCCAGGCGCUGGACGCGGAGCUGAAGGAGAUGCAGGACCGGAUGGCCAGCCGGCAGAGGUACGAGGCGUCCGGCCGGGCGUAUGUGCUCUCGGGCCUGAGCUCCCACUCGUGGCAGCGGGCGACCGCGCGCGGAGACUCGACGGACAGCGCGAGCCUGGUCCAGGCCUACCAGACCUCGUCCAUGGUGGACAUGCUGCUGCGCUCGCAGACGAUGAGCCGCCCGUCGACCCCUCGACCAGCUCCGCAGAUCAGGCACGCGAAGUCGUUCCCCGCACGCCCGCAGCCAAGGUAAACUGCAUGCAGCUGGGUGUUGCCGCCGAGAAGGAUUUUUGUGGCGGGAGGACGGCACCAGGGUAUAGUUUGUGUGGGUAUAAGAGGGGAUGUAGGUGUAAAUUUGGUGUGGGGUGGUGGAGGUAAAUGGUGAGAGGUAUGAUAUUUUAUAAUUGGGGGUAGGGGGGCUGGUAUACGUCCUGGGGGAACUGGGCAGGAUGGUGGCCUAUUUAUUUUUGUUUUGUUUUUUAAUAUUUGGUGGUGACUUGGUAUACUCUAGUAUUGUACUAGCUCCUUUGUGUGGUGAUGUACAUAAGGGAAGGGUAUACACUUGGACUCUUUGAGGAGGGAUGGAUACCUGAUCCUGGUCCUUGUCCUUGCAAGGUUUGUUUCCUCAACCUAGAAAUGGAAGAAAUGGAAAAAGGUUUGCUGCCUUUUACUGCAAAUGGAAUUAAUGA